AUGUCCUACUGCAAGCGAGAAGGUGAACACAGGUCGGUGUUUUUGACGGAGGAAGACCUGGCCAAGCCGGAGACGCUUGGUUCCCUGGUGGCAGAGGAGGAGGAGGACGAGGAGUUUGGAGUCAUUCUUCCUAACGGGGAGAUAAACUGGGAGUGUCCGUGUCUGGGAGGGAUGCCCCAGGGACCGUGCGGGCAGGAGUUCAAGGACGCCUUCUCCUGCUUCCACUACAGUACUGCGGAAGAGAAAGGGAGCGACUGUAUUGACAAGUUCAGAGCGAUGCAAGAGUGCUUCCAGAAGUACCCGGACCUGUACAAAGACUAUGAGGAAGAUAGCGAGGAGACGACAAAGACAGAGGAAGAAGGAAAGGGAGAGAAGAUGGGUGCGGAGGGAGAGGAGAAGGGUUCAGAACAGUCUAGUGGUGGCGACGGUGGGAGUAGAGUGUUGACUAGUAGCUCAGUUCCUGGUUCGUGAGAUUUGUUGCAUUAGUCUAUGUUUGUGCUUUCCAGAGAUAUUAUAUCAUAGCAAUAUCACUUUGAAAGUUUUGUUUUUGGAAGCUGUGCUAUUAUAAUGCAUGGGGUUGGAAGCAGACAGUAAAGCCUGAUGUGACUUUAA